UCACAUCUCGCUCCAUCUUUGACUGUGGUUUCGCAGUUGCAUCCUCCGCUGUGAUGGCAUACGAUUGGGGUUAAUAAGUUAACACGUUUUAUCAGUAUGUUAUAACAGGUCGAACGGGUCUAGUCGAGCAAAUGUCCAAUCAAGAACACAGUGACAUAAAUGUGUACUACGUUGGACUAUCAUAUGGUGUGUGCGUAUGGUUUGCAGUGUUAUCCAGUAGAUGUCAUUGUACCGUGCUACUAAACCAACUCUCGUCAUUAGUGCGUCAGCACGCUAUGGUAUCUCAAUUAAGUGUCGGUGACAAACACAAUGGGUAUUCUGUAGAUACUCAACCAUUAAUUGAAGCCCCGUACAGGGGCGAGUGUCAUUUUAUCGCGGUUUGUUGGUUCAAGCACUUAUGGAGUCUUUUGAGUAACCUGUGUUUGCACGUGCUAUCCUUCGGUUUGUGUUGGUAUGGACCACUGCCGUCGUCAGUGCAAUGUUGGACGGUGAGGUUUUCGACUGUGGUAUCUCACUAAUAUUUGAGUUGAUUGCAACUAGGUUGAACUAGCGUUCCAGGGGGUAAGCUUUUUGCUGCAAGCAUUGCCAAGCAUACAAGACUAAUGCAGUUAAAGCUGCGCACCUGCCAUCAGUAAACCGUUCGAAGCUUACUUUCCGGUCACGACAGUCAGUAUUGAAUUUCCCACUGGCACCACAAUUUGCUAC